UUCGUACCCUCUGGACGUCACACUGUAUCGGGUACAUCGGGUACAUGGGCCGGCCGAGGCCGGGGGGGUCGGCUCAACCUUAGAUUGCACGGCAAAACCAGUACCCUCCUGACGUCACAUCGCUUCAAGAUGGCAGCCAAAAUCGAAAUGCGACCACCAUUCUUUAUCCGCCUUGGUCGAAACCUAACCUAACCUAACCUAACAACAUGUUAUUGUUCAAUUGUUUUGUUUUCGACUGCGUGUCUCUUCAGCUUUCGUACUUCUAGAGAGUCUCAAUCAGAUCUAUUUGUGUCUUUUCAGCUUUAAUUUCCGUAGAUUUAUGUUUCCAAGUGCUUUCAACAGUUAAAGAACACGUGUCCUCGCUCGUUAAACGCUUUUCGUAAAGAACCAUAUCUACUCCUCUCUUGAGUGUUGGACCCUUGUAAAACACCAGAAUGGGAAGCACAGAAGACUUUAGAAAUGCAACCAAAACUGCAGCCAUCAAAUGUGACCCGGAAGAAUUUGGCCCAAAUUUCAAGGUGCUCCCAUCUAAUGAUCAAGUCAAAGAGUUGCAGACCAUCCUUCGUGACAAGACAACAACGCGCAGUGAUUUUAAGUUUUACGCCGAUAGAUUGAUCCGUCUUGUGGUUGAAGAAAGUUUGAAUCAAUUGCCAUUCUCGCCUUGCUCUGUCGUCACUCCAACCGGUGCUGUUUAUGAGGGCCUCCAGUACAAACGUGGGAAUGUUGGAGUCAGUAUUGUAAGAAGUGGGGAAGCCAUGGAACAGGGGCUUCGAGAUUGUUGCAGGUCAAUAAGAAUAGGAAAAAUUUUAGUCGAAUCUGAUGCUGAGACGCACCAAGCAAAAGUAGUUUAUGCCCGAUUUCCGGAAGAUAUUGCUGCGAGAAGAGUCCUCUUAAUGUACCCAAUUAUGAGCAGUGGUAAUACUGUAAUCAAAGCCGUGCAAAUUCUGAAAGAUCAUGGAGUUCCAGAAGAUAGUAUAAUUCUUUCAAAUUUGUUUUCAACACCAUUUGCUGUCCGAGCCAUCACGUCUGCUUUCCCGAAGAUGAUCAUUCUCACAUCGGAGCUUCACCAGAUUGCACCAAACCACUUCGGACAAAAAUAUUUUGGAUUAACUUCAAAUUAACGUUGUUUUAAAUAGCAUAUUUUCACCUGAAUUUAGUCAAUUAAUCUCUUUACUUGGUCUCAAGUAUCACUCUUAUUUUUACCUUCAUUUAUUGAUAUUUCUCUUGAGACUUUUAAUAAAGCCAAAUAUCAAUGAAAAAUAAUUUUAAUUAGAUGUAGUUCUCACUGAUACUGCAGCUCAAAACCGAGCAAAAUUCAUCAUCAAUUUGCUUUCCAACUGAUUGUCUUAAUUAGAAAUUAAAUUCACAGCACUAGAGAUGUUAAUAUUUUAUUUGUUGUAUUUAAAUUAUUAUCUUUAUAUCGUACACCUAAAUGCAUUUUGGUUUCUUAAAACCACUCGUAACAUUGUAACAAUUUUACAGUACAAGAGAAAGUUUCCUGAUAAAUUUGUGGACUUAUUCGUUUAAAUUUACUGUUUCAUUUUCUUUUAUUUUUUAUAUAUGUUCUUGAAAUUCUCCAGGAACAGGAAUGUGAGAUACGUUUACCGUAUUCAAUGUAUCAGCUUACUGUGAAGCCGUCCUGAUCAGCUAAAGCAUUUAUUUUAUUUCUUCCUCAUGGCCUCCUCAGAAGAUAUUUUAAACGUUUCUUAACCAUGAAUACAUCCUGCUGUAGACGGCUGUCUUUUUCUUCCAUGAUUUUUUUACUCUUUUGAGGUCCUGUCGAUUCUCAAAAGGAACUCCAAAGACUCCACUAUCUUGAGUUCAAAAACAGCUAUCAAUGAAACAAGGCGAAGGACUUUGCUUGGAAUACCAAGAAAUUUGGUGCUGGCUAAAGUUCCAUAUUUUUUGAUAAGUGUUCCUUACAACCCUCUGAGCACAAUGAGCUUUUAGUGCCAAAAUUUACAUACAGAAAGUUCAAUUCUAAAAGCUCAUUGUAUUCAGGAGACCAUGAGGAACAUCUUGUAAAAAAAAAAUAUCAAAUUUAGGCCUGCCGAAUUUCAUGAUAUAUUGUGAGUAGUCCUUCAUCCCCUCUCUUUUUCAUGCAGAGCGUUAGUUAGACUCAAACCAGAAAUAUGUUGUCAUGUACUGACGGUAGAGGUCAUAAAGUACAUACGUACCACGGGUGAAUAUCAUACGUAAAUGCUUUGAUAACUUCAAAGCAUUUACGUAUGAUAUUCACCCGUGGUAUGUAUGUACUUUAUGACCUCUACCGUGAUCAGCAAGUAUUCCUCCAGUCACUAGAAUUUGUUAUGAUAAAAGGAGCACCAUGUGAAACUUAUUUUCAGCCAAUACUAUUAUUGAGGCUUUUACUCAAAUUCUAAUUUUUUCCUUUAUAACAUUUUUUUCCUUUUAAACAUGUUUGGAUUCUUUAUGGUUCAGUUCAUUGGAAUAAUUUUAUAACUUUUCCCCCUCCUUUUUUAAUUUAUUGAAAAUUAUUCAUUCUCCUAUUCAUCGUCAGAUUUGCCUGGCAGGUGGAAAUUACUUAAUUAUCAGUGAUUCUUGACAUCAUUUCACAAUUUGUACCUUCAUGUUUGCUUUUUCUGUUUCAAAUUAAGUGAUUAAAUAUCAAUGUGUCUUUUCUUGUGCAUAAUACUUAGUGGCUCUAUAAGUCAAGUUGUAGUAUGAUUUUAGACGAUAAUUUAUAGAUUAUUUUUUUGUGCAUUAUUUAAGUAUUUUUUCAAUGUUACCAGAUUUUAUGGAAGAUUGCAUUUUCUUUCAAGGCCUUUAUUGCCUAUUAAGUUUCCUCGCAUUUUUGAAAAUUCAUCGAUUUUCUAGGACUAGGCAAGUCCACUUUUUUACAUCUCUUCAUAGGUUUUUUUUUUUUUUUUUUUUUUUUUUUUUUGAAUAAAAGGAAAUGAAGGGUUAAAGAUACUCACAUGGUUGUGUGAUAUGUAUCAGUUAUUUGUAAGAUGUUAACUCUCAUAGUUGAAACUCUCGCACAAACAUCAUUAAUGAUUAUUUAUGUCCAGAACUAAAGACAGUGUUGCAAUAUUCUGUUUAAUAUCGACCAAAUUGAGAAUGUUUUCAUGAUAAUUUCUACAAAAAUCAAACUAAAACUUGAAGCACAAGGAAAUUUUGGGAUUGAUGAGUAAAAAAAAAUCAAUCAAUUUUCUUUCUUUCUUUGGAUUCUUUGCUCAGCAGCGUUCCAAUUUCUUUAAGAUUAUCACUGACCCUCUCCCUCACUGUGAAACAUAAUCAAAGUAUGAAUGUUCGGUAUUGGGGAGGCUGAGGGGUCUGGUGGAGCCUCCGGGAGAAAAUUGGGGGAGGGGACAGCUACUUAUGGCAAAUCUUCAAGACCAGAGAACAGAUUACACAAGUAAAAAUUUUUGUUUGUUUGUUUUGCUUUUCAAGAGAUUACGCACUAUUAAAAAAACGACAGUAAAUUAAAUAAGUAGAUAGAUGAAAAAUAUGAGAUCCCUUUAGAAGUUAUGACUAGCGCCCGGCAAAAAUUAAAUUCAGAGCGGAAGGGAUGGUCCGCAGGAAUCGUUAUUUGAACUUGAGAGCCCCUUGACUCGACCAUGUCUCACAGAUUGAAGGAAUACAUCUGAAACAAAUGAGGCAAAAUCCUAUGUAUAAUGUUAAGGCGAUGCUAUUCAUUCUUGCGAAAUCUCGGAUCCUUUUUUUUUAAUGUACUUUUGAAGCAUGGUUUAUUGUAUUAUCUUUCUCUGAAUGUAAAGCACUUUUCUUUUAUAUCAGUAGAUUGUAUCCCUCAUCUGCAUUUUAUCCUGUCCAAUUUGAUUUGCGUUUUUAUCCUCCUAUACAUAUCCUAAUCUUUUCUCACCUCCUUUUUGCAGGUACCUCAAAAGUUCGGUCAAAAUAUCCCAUCCUUGUUGAGAAGCUUGCAUAGAAUCAGAAAAUCCUUCUUUUUCCUUUCCCAUCUUCUUUCCUUGCCUUUACUUUAUCUUCGAAGUAUAAUACUUAUCAUACUGAUGUGUAACCCUUUUUUACCUACUUGUUUCCAUUGUUUUUCUCUUUUUAAAAAAAUAAAAAAAAAUUGAAAUUUACAAAUUA